UUUCUCACCCAAAUUUCAGAUUUCACAAUUCUCUCUCUUUCUCUUCUCUUUCUCUGGUAGUAGUAGUACUUUGUCGUCAACGAUCUUCCUUUAAAAGUUAAAACCCUUCAAUUGCAAAAAAAAAAAAAAAAAAAACCUCACAGUUUCUUCAUUUUUAUCACUCUCUUUCUCUCUCCUCUUUUCUCUCUCAUCUUUCUCAGUCAUCGUCUCACACUCUUCUCCGAUUUCUCAUAACUUCUACAACCUGCAUUAUCGAUUCUCUCUCCUCCAUCGAUGUCCCUGAUUUCUAGGGUUUUCCGCAUUAUCUGAAGAAAAUCCAAAUUCUAGGGUUUUAAAUUUUUUCUUCUUAUUUUGCCCUAACAAUGGAGGCUGCGGCCGCUGCUGGACGUAGCGUUUCGUUGUCUCAGUCGCCGUCUCGUAAGCAAUGGCGAGCCGUUUCGGAACAUUCUGUUAGAAACGCUGGAACUGAGGACUUAGAAAGGUCGAAAUUAGGACAAUCUGAUGAAAGGACUAUAUAUGAGGUACAGCAGGGACAAGAGCCAAUUGAUGGGGUAGACUAUUGUGCGAUACAAAUGGAUGGGAUUAUGAGUAUGGAAGAUGGGAUUUUGCAGCAAAGAAUUCAUAGUUUGGCUGGGCAGAGAGAAGAGAUGCAGCAAAUGGAGGUUGAGCUUCGGGCUCAGUUAAUUGCCAAGUCUGAGAUUCUUGAUUUGCAGAAUAGCUUUGAUGCACGAUUCAAAGAACAAGCGAAUGUUGUGGCGAGGCUUCAGGAUCAACUUCACGAAAAGGACCAACUAAUACACGAGCUUGAGAGAAAGAUAGAGGAGAAAGAACGAGAGUUACAUGCUGUGAGAUUGGAUAAUGAAGCGGCUUGGGCUAAGGAAGAUCUUCUGCGGGAGCAAAACCAAGAAUUAGCAAACUUCCGAAGGGAGCGUGAUAACAUUGAAGCUGAGAGAGCCCAUCACAGAAAACAGAUUCAUGAGCUUCAGGAACAUAUUCAAGAUAAAGAGAGACAGAUGCUGGAGUUGCAAGAGCAGCAUAGAGUAGCUCAAGAGACAAUUCACUACAAGGAUGAACAGGUACGGGAUGCACAGGCUUGGAUGGCAAGAGUGCAAGAAAUAGAUGUUUUGCAAUCAAGUACUCUGCAAGCUGAGCUACGGGAACGCACAGACCUGUAUAACCAGCUCUGGUUGAGUUCUUCAAGACAGUUCGCAGAGAUGGAGAGGGUGAUUCAGCAGCUUCAGCUUGAGUUGGCUAGUGUAAGAGGAAAUAGUGGAACUUAUAGUACCGAAACACAGAAUACUUCAAGUGAUAGCUCUCAUAUUGGUUCAAACAAUGGUCAUCGUGUUGAAGUGAAUGAACAUGGUGCAAUGAAUAGUUCUGGAAGUUUUGCUAAUGGGAAUGCAGAAAAUUCUCAAUCAUUUGUUUCUUCAGGCAGUACAUCUACACAGACCAACCAUGCUCCUAGUCUUCCUCUCGCUUCUCCAUCCAUUUUGGGGAUGCCCUCAUAUCUUCCACCUGGACAGUUGACUGCAGUGCAUCCAUAUAUCCUGCAUCAACAAGGAGCUAACCACCCUGUAGCAUCACAAGUUCCUCAGUCCCAUGUUGGGCAUUUUCAAUCAGUACCGGCAAUGGCUUCUCUCCAACAGUGGCAGAACCAACAGGUUGUAUCGGAAGACCCUUCUAUGCCCUCUCAGAACCAAUAUUCACUGUCCCAGGCUGAAGACAAACCGUCAAGGUCAGAUUCAAGUUAUAGCUAUGAGCACUCUGUCAAUGGACGAAAUCUGCAUCCGGAUUAUCUAAAUACUCAAAUAAGCCAAGGAAUUGAUCCUAAUUACCAAUUAUCAUCUAACGAGGUGGCACAGAACCCUGAGUCUACAGAGAAGAGCUAUUUUGUUGGUUCCGAAGCUCAGCAUAGCUUACAGCAGAUUUCUUUGCAGUUCCAAGAGGCAUUGCGUUUGGAUUUGAACCCUCUCAAUCAAACUAGUGAAAUGAAGACUAAUGAGCAUGAUGCUGUCAACAUCUCCAACAAUGAGACGGAAAAUCAAGAUAUAGUGACAGAGCAUCCUAGUUCUGUGGUUGGGCCAUCAUCUGAAUCAUCGGUUCGCCCUGUGCAUUUUGUUGAUGUUACGGUGAAUAAUGCUAGUGACACAGUUUCUUCUGAAGCAUAUGUCUCAACUGAGCAGGCAGAUGGUUUAUCAGCUGGAAAUAUAUUAGAGUCUGCUCUUCUUGAUGAAAGAGCAUUGUUAGCUUGCAUUGUCCGAACCAUUCCAGCUGGAGGAAAAAUUCGUAUUAGUUCAACGCUGCCAAAUAGACUAGGGAAGAUGCUUGCACCUCUUCACUGGCAUGAUUACAAAAAGAGUUAUGGAAAACUUGACGACUUUGUGAGCAGUCAUCCUGAACUUUUUUCAAUUGAAGGGGAUUACAUUCAACUUCGAGAAGGUGCACAAGGAAUUAUUGCUGCUACAGCAGCUGUGGCAAAAGUAGCUGCAGCAGCUGCAGCAUCGUCUCCUUACUCGUCCUUUUUUCCUCCUGUGGCUGUUACACCAAUGGCUCAUGCUGGUAGAGUUAAGAAGUUAUCGUCAUUGGAACCUAAGCCAGUGAGAAAUUCUGCUGACAGAUCACAUUCAUCAGCUAUGCAGAGUCACCAUUCUAAUGGUUCUGGCUAUGUUUCUGGAGGCCUUUCCAAUAUAAAAAUUUUGAGCAAGUCAAAAGAUUCUAUGGAACUCAAUUCUUCUGAGAUCAGAUCUAGCCAGCCCCUGCUAGUACCUGCUGAAAAUGGUUUGCAUUCUGAAAGAUCUAUUCUUGGCAAUCCACAACACCCAGUGCCAAUUCAUGCAAGGGGCAGUGCUAAUUUUAUUGCAAAGCAGCAGGGCAGGACUUCUGCUGCUGCCUUGGCUUCAAGAAGAUAGAAUUUCUUUAGAAAUGUAAUGAACCGAUCUGCAAAACUUUGCGAAAUGUGUCUGUGCAAGAUGUCCGACUGUUCGGAGGAAUUCCCAUCACAUUCAGAGUCUCAAUCAAUCUUCUGGUCUAACUGAAUCUCUGAUUGGAAUGUCCAUCUGUUUUAUGUUUCACCCUUUGUACGGCUUGCAGAAUUUAUAGCAACAUGUUUAUUCAAGCUAAAAUACUAAAUUAAACUUUUUGUCUCUUU